UCUCCCGAGCCGCGGGAAGCAGGGAUGAGCGCAGCAGCUGGGCGAGCACCGUCUCCAGCGCCGGGUGUGAAACUGUUCAACCCAAAACACAAACAGCAGCCACUGACACGUUUUAAGAGACGCUACAGUUGGAUGACUGCGGAACCCAAACAGACCAAAUGGGAGGCAAGAAGGGAAAGCAAUUGGCCCAAUUCGGUUGGAGCAGCGGCUCGUGUUACACUCUCUUUGCCAGUUAGCGGCGUGGGCGUUUGUUGCUGUGUUAAUUACAGUUCUUCCCGGAGUCGGAGGCGAGAACAGCCCUUGUGGAACCGUUUCAAGUGGAACGUUCCACCAGGAGGAAAACAACUGCCUUCCUCCCCAGCUGGGGAGGGAUUCCACCAGGCAGCUCCGGGCGGCAGGCGGCGGCGAGACGGGCGUCCGGUGCGUGCACUGCGCCACUCGCACCUGGCGGCGACGCGAGCCUCGCGCUUCUUCACGCAGCUGCGGGGAGACUCUGCGCCCGGAGCGAAGCGCGGACCUGUUGGCUUCUUCUCCCGAGGGCGCUCCCCUGGCGCCGAGGCAGCGCGCGCUUUUCACUUUUCCCAGAGAAAGCCGAGCCCAGAGAUGUUCACGAAUGUGCACAAGGUCGCAUAGCUGGUGGUGGCAGAGUCAGGAUUGCGAACGCGAUGGCCCAGCUCCAAAGUCCGUGGCGCGGCCAGCCCUGCACUGCGUGGUGAGUGAUAACGUGUGUGUAAAGCACUUGGAAAAUAGCAGGGUGGUAGCUGUUAGUGUUUCCAUGACUGUGGGACACAGACGUCAAACCGACCCGGGGCAAAUGCAGUGCCCCUGUUAAUUUGAGAGGGAAGCGGCAGGCUGUGAGGGUCCUGGUGAUGACAAGAAAUCCAUCAAAGGCGCUGGACGGGGAACGGGAGGCAGGAACGCCAGCACCUUACAAGGUGUGUCGCAGCCACGACAUAAAGACUCCAGGUGAUCACUUGGGCAAAGCCACAGGGUCACAGUUCUUAGCAAGAAGGGGAAUGGGACUGUACAUCGGAGUCUUCUGUCGCUGGUACCUGGUCUGUGUCACUUGCUUAUUACAAGAAGAGUGAACUAGUGCUCCUACCAUUUAAAAAAAUACAUUUUUCUACAGUACUAUUUGGGCCUCUUAAGAGUAAAAUUCUUCAAUG